GAACUUAUCAAGAACGCACCGUGAACUUUCAACAUAUAUUGCCCGCUGGUAUCGUUCCCCGUUUCAACACACUACGCAGCAAACGACAAGAUGAAGGAGGCAAUUGUGAGCAAAGGACCCAGCGUCCGGAUCGUCGACUCGCCCAUCCCGGAACCCAACGACGACCAGGUCCUAAUCAAAGUCGUCGUGUCCGGCUCCAACCCCAAGGACUGGAAGCUACCCAACCUAUUCGGCGACGCCAUCAACCAAGGCGAUGACAUCGCCGGCAUCGUCGAGAAGGUCGGCGCCAACGUGUUCGAGUUCAAGCCGGGCGACCGCGUGGCCGCCUUCCACGAGAUGCGCACCCCGGGCGGCAGCUACGCCGAGUACGCCAUCGCGUGGCAACACACGACCUUCCACAUCCCCGCCGAGACCACUUUUGAAGAAGCCGCAGCCAUCCCGCUCGCAGCGAUGACAGCCGCGGUAGCGCUGUACCAGCGCCUGGGCCUGCCUCAGCCGUGGUCACCCGAGGCUGCGGCGGCCGCCAGCACGCCCACGCCGCUGAUAAUCUACGGCGCGGCCUCGGCGGUGGGGAUCUACGCGGUGCAGCUGGCGCAGCGCAGCAACAUCCACCCGCUGCUGUGCGUGGCGGGGCGGGCGCGGGACCACGUGGAGCGGUUCAUCGACCGGGCCAAGGGCGACGUGGUGGUGGACUACCGCGAGGGGGACGAGGCGGUGGUGUCGGCGCUGGUGGCGGCGGCGGGUCAGUCCGGGGGGGUGCGGCACGCGCUGGACGCCGUGUCGGAGGGCAGCAGCAUCGCCAACAUCGGCGAGGUCUUCCGCCGGGUCGCCCAGGCGAGCGGGGGCGGCGCGGCGAACGGCAAGGUCACCUUCGUGCUGGGCGGCGAGAAGCAAGGGCUGCCGGAGGGGGUGGAGAAGAGUAUCACGAUGGUGGGGUGCGUGCACAAGGAGGCCAAGGAUUUCGGGUAUGUGUUCUUUAGGUACUUUGCGCGGGGCCUGCAGGAAGGGUGGUUCAAGGGGCAGCGGACUGAGGUGGUGCCCGGGGGGUUGGGAGGUAUCGAGACGGCGUUGACGAACCUCAGGGAUGGGAAGGCGAGCGGGGUGAAGUAUGUCUUCCGGAUUGCGGAGACGGAGGGCGUUGGGAAGUAGGGAGGUGGCUGAGAAAUCGGCGAGAUUGGCUGGCAGACAAGGGGAACGGACUCAUUUUCCAAAAUGUCAUCCGUCACCAUCAGUUCCCGCGUGACUGCAAACUGCCCC